AUGAAGUUGUGGCCGGGUCACUUUCAGCCCACUGCGGUACACCACUUCAUCCGACUGCUGCAAGACGAGGGCCGUCUCCUGCGCUGUUGCACGCAGAACAUCGACGGACUGGAGAGGGCAGCGGGCGUGUCGUCAGAUCUCCUUGUCGAGGCGCACGGCUCUUUCGCGGCAGCUGCGUGCAUCGACUGCCACACGCCGUACAACAUUGAGCAGAACUACCUGGAGGCGAUGAGUGGUGUUGUCUCCCGCUGCUCUACAUGCGGCGGCAUUGCGAAACCAAACGUUAUAUUCUUCGGUGAAUGUCUGCCAGACGCGUUCUUCGACGCGCUGCACCACGACGCCCCGAUCGCUGAGCUCGUUAUCAUCAUCGGGACAUCGCUACAGGUGCACCCGUUUGCAAUGCUGCCGUGCUUUGUGCCCAAGUCUGUCCCGCGCAUCGUCAUGAAUCGGGAACGCGUCGGCGGCUUCCUCUUCCGCUUUCCUGAUGACCCGCCCUGCGCUGUCCACGACGACGUGACUGCCAAGAAGAGGGACUCGCCAUCCUCGCAGACUCGAUCUCCAUCCGCAUCGGCUCGGCGUGAGGUGGAGCGGGAGAUGGAGGAGGCAUCUUCGCCUCGGAACGAAGAGGCCGAGAAGGCGUCGACGUCGAGCUCGAGCGACGGCUAUGGGCAGUACGGCGACUACGAUGUCCUCCCGGAUGUCUGCCGCGAUGUGCUCUUUCGCGGCGACUGCCAAGUGAGUGCCGUAAAGCUUGCUGAGUACCUGGGUCUCAGCGAGGCGCUGGCAAAGCGAAUGCAGUCCAUCGAUGCGGUACCCACUUCUGCAGGGAAUGCAUCGCAUGAAGCGUGUAACUGA